AUUGGUGUCUCCACUGUGCCUGGCUCCCUAUUUCCGAUUACUGAGACUUUGUGUGGAGAGACAGCAUAACGGAAACUUGGAGGAGAUUGAUGGUCUACUAGAUUGUCCUAUAUUCCUAACUGACCUGGAGCCUGGAGAGAGGCUGGAGUCCAUGUCUGCUAAAGAGCGUGCAUUCAUGUGUUCUCUCCUAUUUCUUACUCUCAACUGGUUCCGAGAGAUUGUGAAUGCCUUCUGCCAGGAAACGUCACCUGAGAUGAAGGGGAAGGUGCUCACCCGGUUAAAGCACAUUGUAGAACUGCAAAUAAUCCUGGAAAAGUACUUGGCAGUCACCCCAGACUAUAUCCCUCCUCUUGGAAACUUUGACGUGGAAACUUUAGAUAUAACACCUCAUACUGUUACUGCUAUUUCAGCAAAAAUCAGAAAGAAAGGAAAAAUAGAAAGGAAACAAAAAGCAGAUGGUAGCAAGACAUCCUCCUCUGACACAAUUUCAGAAGAGAAAAAUUCAGAAUGUGACCCUACACCAUCUCAUAGAGGCCAGCUGAACAAGGAGUUCACAGGGAAGGAAGAAAAGACAUCAUUGUUACUACAUAAUUACCAUGCUUUUUUCCGAGAGCUGGACAUUGAGGUCUUCUCUAUUCUACAUUGUGGACUUGUGACCAAGUUCAUCUUAGAUACUGAAAUGCACACUGAAGCGACAGAAGUUGUGCAACUUGGGCCCGCUGAGCUACUUUUCUUGCUAGAAGAUCUCUCCCAGAAGCUGGAGAAUAUGCUGACACCUCCUACUGCCAGGAGAGUCCCCUUUUUCAAGAACAAAGGAAGCCGAAAUAUUGGAUUCUCACAUCUCCAACAGAGAUCUGCCCAAGAAAUUGUUCAUUGUGUUUUUCAACUGGUGACCCCAAUGUGUAACCACCUGGAGAACAUUCACAACUAUUUUCAGUGUUUAGCUGCUGAGAAUCAUGGUGUAGUUGAUGGACCAGGAAUGAAAGUUCAGGAGUACCACAUAAUGUCUUCCUGCUAUCAAAGGCUGCUGCAGAUUUUUCAUGGGCUUUUUGCUUGGAGUGGAUUUUCUCAACCUGAAAAUCAGAAUUUACUGUAUUCAGCCCUCCAUGUCCUUAGUAGCCGACUGAAACAGGGAGAACACAGCCAGCCGUUGGAGGAACUGCUCAGCCAGAGCUUCCAUUACUUGCAGAAUUUCCAUCAAAGCAUUCCCAGUUUCCAGUGUGCUCUUUAUCUCAUCAGACUUUUGAUGGUUAUUUUGGAGAAAUCGACAGCUUCUACUCAGAACAAAGAAAAAAUUGCUUCCCUUGCCAGACAAUUCCUCUGUCGGGUAUGGCCAAGUGGGGAUAAAGAGAAGAGCAGCAUCUCUAAUGACCAGCUCCAUGCUUUGCUCUGUAUCUACCUGGAGCACACAGAUAGCAUUCUGAAGGCCAUAGAGGAGAUUGCUGGUGUUGGUGUCCCAGAACUGAUCAACUCUCCUAAAGAUGUGUCUUCCUCCACAUUCCCUACACUGACCAGGCACACUUUUGUUGUUUUCUUCCGUGUGAUGAUGGCUGAACUAGAGAAGACAGUGAAAAAAAUUGAGCCUGGCACAGCAGCAGACUCGCAGCAGAUUCAUGAAGAGAAGCUCCUCUACUGGAACAUGGCUGUUCGAGACUUCAGUAUCCUCAUCAACUUGAUAAAGGUAUUUGACAGUCAUCCUGUUCUGCAUGUAUGUUUGAAGUACGGACGUCUCUUUGUGGAAGCAUUUCUGAAGCAAUGUAUGCCGCUCCUAGACUUCAGUUUUAGAAAACACCGGGAAGAUGUUCUGAGCUUACUAGAAACCUUCCAGUUGGACACAAGGCUGCUUCAUCACCUGUGUGGGCAUUCCAAGAUUCACCAGGACACGAGACUCACACAACAUGUGCCUCUGCUCAAAAAGACCCUGGAACUGUUAGUUUGCAGAGUCAAAGCUAUGCUCACCCUCAACAAUUGUAGAGAGGCUUUCUGGCUGGGCAAUCUAAAAAACCGGGACUUGCAGGUAAGCCUUGGAUCCUGCUAGUGAUAAUUCUCCAAUCUUAUUCUUUGUGACAGCAUCAGAUGGCAUGUAAGGCAGUUCACCUAAGCCCUGGUCUCUCAGUAAGGCUACUUUUCUCUUAAGUCUGUGACUGUUGAACUCUUAAAGUUAUGAUACAUUGCUCAUGGGCCCUAGUCACAGGCUAUACCCCUCAUCUUAGGCAGCAAGGCACCAAAACAUGCCAUUGAUACAAACAAUGCCUCAGACAUAAAGGAGUCAGACCAGCACAAACCUCUCUCCACAGCCAGAGGGGCUCCUUUAAGCCCCACUGAGGGUAGAUUCAUAAUAACAUUUUUGUAUAGGGACAAACAUUUCUUUUGUUUAGUUAUACUAAGCCAAUCUGUCUUAUUCCGGAAAUUAUAAAUUAAUCU